AUGCGCAUCAUCAAUCCGAAAACAAUUGUACAGUUCCUCGGUGGUCAGAAGGAAGAUCGUGCUGGGUAUUUAUGGAAAAGAAAAUCGGAGAACAAAAGCUCGUUCAAACGCAGAUACUUUAUCGCCUAUGGAAAUGUUCUAGCCUAUUAUGAGAAGCGGAUUGAUAAAGAACCUCUUGGUGUAUUGUUUUUGGAAAACCAUGUGAUUGAGAUGAUCGAUGAUUUGACUAUGGUUGUACGGUUUCUCACGGUGAAAGAAUUGCCCAAAGGGUAUUAUUUGCGAGGUGAUUCAACUGAUGACGUAGAGGUAGGUGCUUAUCCCACUUAA